AUGAAGAUGGAAGCGUCCACGCCCAAAGCGAGCAAGUCUCGGAGGCGAGACACGGACGACAGCCGGGCGGAGAGAAAGAGGAUCCAGGAUCGCUUGGCCCAACGGGCUACGCGGGAAAGGACCAAGAACCGUAUCGCCUAUCUCGAGCAACGUCUCAGUAGCCUCGAGGCUGGCGACAAGGACGGCGAGAUCACCAACCUGACGCGUAUUAUCGACAGUCUGCGCAACGACAACAAUCGCCUUCGGAAUGCAUUGGUUAAGAUGCGCACCGUCAUUGAUCAGGCCGUGCUGGCGGCUGACUCCUCUAGCGAGGCUCAAUCAACCACCAGGCCUUGUGGAUGCAGCAUGCAGUCCUCCUGCACCUGUGCUCAGACACCAUUCCCAGCGGCAACCCCUACGACAGCAUUUCAAGAUCCAAAUGCUGCCUUUCGUCAUACUUCAGUCUCUUCGACCGACACUUCCGAGGUGACCGAGGUGAUCAACGGCCACAGCCUAGGCCUCAACGUGGAUGUGGCACAGCCUGAGCCAAUGGGCUCCGUGACGGGCCUCGAGGACUUUUUUGACUUCAACCCGAACUCGCUGCUGGAGAUGUUCGAAAUGGGUAGUACCACAGGCUUCAGUGCUUGGCAGCCACAGACACCCUCUCCGUUCGACUAUCGCUUUCCCUCGUCUGAUGCAGUGGUAAAAGUGGCCCCGGACGUGGACAAAUGGCAUGUGUCCAACGGGGCCUUCAUCAGUUGCUUAGACAGCGUCAAGAAACAGACGGCAUCGACCGCCACCCUUGACAUGCAUGUGCCGUUCAAGGCGGCGAUUUGGGGUUGGGACAACGUCGGACCGGAAGCUCAGCACCCGGUAUGGAAUGCACUGCGGCAGGUUGAUCAGAGGGUUUUUGGCACAUGGACGUCCAAAGCGCAAAGAAUCGCCUUGAUGUAUGUCUGCCAGACACUGAUCCAAUACCGAGAAAAUCCCACCAAAGAGAACCUGGAGCGGGUGCCAGUCUUUCUGCGGCCGAGACCGUCACAAGAAAAUGUCCAACAUCCGGCAGUCAUAGAUUUUCUCGUAUGGCCGGGACUUCGCGAUCGACUCGUCUUCGAGCACAAGAAAUACACCUCAACAGGCGACUUCUCGGCCGCCUUUGUCGAGAACUUCAACUUCUACUGGCCCUACUCGGACCGCGACAUAUUCGCGUACAACCCGGUCCAGAACCGGUACGAAGUAUCCAAGAUCUUCCUCGAGUACGCGUACAACUUCAAGAAUUGGACCAUGAAGCCGAGCUUCUUCAAGAAGUUUCCCGAGAUGCAGCACGACAUCGCCGCCUUUGAGGGGACCAUGGACUUCCCGAAGGCGAGCUGGUCAGUAUGA